AUGCAGGCACCAAGGACACUAUACGCCUUGACCGUUACCCAGGUGCUUGAUCUGCUCAAGAAUAACACCAUCACUGUCGAAGAAUAUGCCCGUUCCCUUUUAGACCGCUUUGAGGAGAAGGACAGCACCGUGAAAGCAUGGGCGUACCUCGAUCAGGAAUUGGUAUUGAGCCAAGCUCGAGCUCUUGACCAGAUGCCCAAUGAUCAGAGAGGGCCGUUGCAUGGAGUAGCGGUAGGCAUUAAAGAUGUAAUAAACACCAAAGAUAUGCCGACUCAGUUUGGCUCUCCACUGUACCAAGGACAUCAGCCAGGUUUUGAUUCAUCAGCUGUUGCGAUUCUACGAGCUGCCGGGGCUCUCAUCUUCGGCAAAACAACCACGACAGAGUUCACUGCGACUAAUUCGGGACCCGAUACCACCAACCCUCAUGAUCCAAAUCGUACCCCCGGCGGCUCAUCUUGCGGGUCAGCUGCAGCAGUAGCCGGUUUGCAAGUACCGCUGAGUCUCGGAGCGCAGACUGGCGGUAGUAUUAUUCGCCCAGCAUUAUUCACUGGAAUCUUCGCGAUGAAACCAAUUUACAAUGCAAUCUCACCCGAAGGCCAAAAGACGUUUUCUGCCACCUUUGAUACCUUCGGUUUCUUUGCUCGCAGUAUCGAGGAUCUACAACUAGUUGCAGAUACCUUUGCCCUCAAGGACGAUGUACCCCCUAGGGACAUAUCGCUGAAAGAAGCCUCGGUUGCUUUGAUCAAGACUCCGAUGUGGGCUCGGGCAGGGCCUGGCACUGUAUGUGCUAUGGAGAGAGCUGUCACAAUUCUUAAAAACAGCGGGGUAAUGGUCGAAGAAGUCCCCUUUCCUACGGAAGUCUGCGAUAGCGAGGCCUUGAGGCAGAUGCAGAACGUAAUUAUCAGUGGCGAAGCCCAGGUAGCCUUUCUCAGGGAAUAUCGACUGGACAGGACGAAACUAGAUCCGGAAAUUUGUCGCCCAGUCGAAAACAACUCAAACUACACCCACAAAGAAAGGUUGCAAGCCCUCGAUAGAUACGCUAGCUUGCGACCCAUCAUUGACAAGGUGGCCGCAAAAUACUCGGCCAUCAUUACGCCUAGUGCAAUUGAUGAAGCUCCGCUCGGACUCAACGAUAUGGGCAGUCCGGUUUUUAAUACUCUUUGGACGGCGAGUAGUUCGUUCUGCAGUAUUUGUUCGUUUCUCGCUAACCAGGUGCAGGGAUUUCAUAUGCCCGUUAUCAAUAUACCUGCAUUUACCGGAGCGCAUGGUAUGCCUAUCGGCAUAUCGAUUGUGGCAGGCAGAUUUUGUGAUCAGCAUCUUUUGAGGAUCAGCAAAGUCCUCAGUGAGCCUCUCAUGGCCGAAGGCGGCUGGAAGGUAAUGGCCUAA